GCUGGCGUCGCGAGGCUGCGGGGCAGGUCGGGGCUGGGCUGACAGAGCCCCGGUCCCCGCGCCCUCCCUGCCGCACACUGGCACCCAUUCGGCGGCAGCCUGGUGAAGCGCGCACCCACACCCUCUCCGCGCGCGGCUCCAGGGCGCGAUGGAAGCGGCACUGCUUGGGAGUCUGCUGGCGGCGAACUGCAGCCUGGAGCCGGCCGACGAGCUCCUCCUGGACGGCUGGGGGCUACCCCCGGACCCCGAGGGUCUUUACUCCUACUGCAAUACAACCCUGGAUCUGAUUGGGACGUGCUGGCCGCGGAGCGAGGCCGGAGCCCUGGUGGAGAGGCCAUGCCCUGAGUACUUCAAUGGUGUCAAGUACAACACGACCCGGAAUGCCUACCGAGAGUGCUUAGAGAAUGGGACGUGGGCCUCCAGGAUCAACUACUCGCAGUGUGAGCCCAUUUUGGAUGAUAAGAGGAAGUAUGACCUGCAGUACCGUGUCGCCCUCGUUAUCAACUACCUGGGCCACUGCGUGUCCCUCGCCGCCCUUGUGGCCGCCUUCCUGCUCUUCUUGGCCCUGCGGAGUGUCCACUGUCUGCGGAACGUGAUUCACUGGAACCUCAUCACCACGUUUAUCCUGCGCAACGUCACGUGGUUCCUGCUGCAGCUCAUCGACCACGACGUUCACGAGAGCAACGAGGUCUGGUGUCGCUGCAUCACGACGAUCUUCAACUACUUCGUGACGACCAACUUCUUUUGGAUGUUUGUGGAGGGCUGCUACCUGCACACGGCCAUCGUCCUGACCUACUCCACGGAGCACCUGCGCAAGUGGCUCUUCCUCUUCGUCGGAUGGUGCAUCCCGUGCCCCGUCAUCAUCGUCUGGGCCCUCGGAAAACUCUACUAUGAGAAUGAACAGUGCUGGUUUGGCAAGGAGCCCGGAGACCUGGUGGACUAUAUCUACCAAGGCCCCAUCAUCCUGGUGCUCCUGAUCAACUUUGUGUUUCUAUUCAACAUCGUGAGGAUCUUAAUGACAAAAUUACGAGCGUCCACCACCUCCGAGACGAUGCAGUACAGGGCUUCUUUGUGUCCGUCUUCUACUGCUUCUUCAACGGUGAGGUGCGGGCGGCCGUUCGGAAAAAGUGGCACCGCUGGCAAGACCACCACUCAUUGCGCGUCCCAGUGGCCCGGGCCAUGUCCAUCCCCACGUCGCCCACAAGGCUCAGCUUUCACAGCGUCAAGCAGACGGCCGCCGUGUGACCCUCCGGAGCCACCAUCCUGUCACUCACAUCCAUCUCCAAGGGCGGGGCUUCCCCACGGGGCUUCCCCACCCAGGGGCUUCCCCACCCACCCCACCUACUUCUGGUUCUUGCUGUGCAGGUCCUGGCGAGGGGGGAGAAGGGAGGGGACCUGCAUGCUCCACCCAGCAGGGGAGAGGCAGUGCCUUGGCCUGAGAGGGCACCCAGGGGCGCUGCAGGAAGUCUCCAGGCCGAAAGGAGCCAGGAGUGGCGAAGAAAGUCCCUGGGGCCUGGGGGCGGGGUGUGUGUGUGUGUGUCAGAUCUGCCCAUUAGACCCUCACCGUAGCCCCACUACAGAGGAGAAAACUGAGGCGUGGGAGGGGCAGGGUGCACAGCUAGUUAGUGUCAGCCCAGGGUGCUCAGCCCCUUCUGGCAACUGGGUGGGGGUUUGGCCCUUCUCCCUUGCUCAGGGGCGCCCUCUGCAGCUUAGGGCCCCAAGCCAGGCAGCCUGCUCCCCACUUCCCUGCCAUCCUCUGGCACCCAGGUUGGCUGGGGCCUGGCUUCUUCCCACUGGGAGGUGUCUUUUCAGCCCAGUUCACAGACUGGAGGGGUUGGGGAGGAGGAGGCGAGGAAGAUGUGGCCUGGGUAGACCACACUCAGGGCAACCAGAGACAUGGAUAAGGACCACCCAGGGGUUCGAGGAAUGGGGGUGGGGAGUGGAGCUGGAGCUGUAGAAGCCCAGGUAUGCCUCUGGUGAUGGAACCAACGCCCCACCCCCGCCUGGACUUCCACUCCACCUGUCAAAGACAUCAUGUGUGAAAUAAACCAUGCCUCUGUGGA